GACUUCAACUGGUUUUGCUUCCCCGUUGAGUUUACCAUGUCCAGGACAAACCUUCUGAGUUCGUUCGUCGUCGAGCGACUAACAGCAGCAGCCGAGGAGAUAUUAGGAGCUUUCGAGAGGACGAUAGAGGAGUAUGAGGACGAGAGACAUCGACAGAGGAGACUGCUGGACAUGGUGUUGAAGCCCAGGAUCACGUUACGCAGAAUAGACUUUAUACAGUUAUCUGAUCAGCAGCAUGGUGGGCAGGAGAGGAGCCUCAGUCUGGCCAAGGAGGAACAACAGGAAUUCUGGAUCAGUCUACAGGAAGACCAACUUCAAUUGCAGCAGGUCGCUGAUACCUCUGAGUCCAUAUUUACCCCUCUUUGUGAUGGAAAUGAUGAUGGUAAAGAUCAGCCUCUGCCCUCCCAACACUACCAAACCAAGACAGAGGGAGACACAGAGCCCCCAGCUGUCACCUCAUUUGAACUGAUACAAGUGGAUGUCAAAGAAGACAACUUUUUAAUAUCAGAACCAACAAGUGACGACCAUACCCUCUCUAACUGCUGUCAUGGAACCAAGAGUGAAGCUGCCAAUACUUGGAGUUGCCAAAACUACUAUGUACAGUUAUCUGAUCAGCAGCAUCAAGAGCAGGAGAGGAGCCCCAGUCUGGCCAAGGAGGAACAACAGGAACUCUGGAUCAGUCCACAGGAAGACCAACUUCUAUUGCAGGAGCUAGCUGAUACCUCUGAGUCCAUAUUUACCGCUCUUUGUCAUGGAAAUUAUCAUGGUAAAGAUCAGCCUCUGCCUUCCCAAUGCUACCAAACCAAGACAGAGGGAGACACAGAGCCCCCAGCUGUCACCUCAUUUGAACUGAUACAAAUGGAUGUCAAAGAAGACAACUUUUUAAUAUCAGAACCAACAAGUGACCACCAUGCCCUAUCUAACUGCUGUCAUGGAACCAAGAGUGAAGCUGACCAUACUUGGAGUCGCCAAAACUGUGAGGAAGUGGAUUCAGUUCGGAAAGCCAGGCUGAAACCUCACAAAAAGCUCUCCAACAAGUGCACGAUUUGUGGGAAAGUGCUUUAUAAUUUGGAAAUUUUUAAAAUUCACAUGAGAUUUCACACAGGGGAAAGACCUUUCAAAUUCACCACUUGUGGGAGAGAUUUUACCUGGAAGUACAACAUGGAGGGGCAUACAAGGACUCAUACAGGGGCGAAGCCACUCAGAUGCACCACGUGCGGGAAAAUGUUUACCCACAAGUCAAGUUUUCAAACUCAUCUAAGGACUCAUACAGGGGAGAAGCCAUUCAGAUGCACGACAUGUGAGAAAAUGUUUACCCACAAGCCACAUUUACUAAGGCACGUAAGGACUCAUACAGGGGAGAAGCCAUUCACAUGCACGACGUGCGGGAAAAUGUUUACCCGGAAGUCAGGUUUACAAAUGCACUUAAGGACUCAUACAGGGGAGAAGCCCUUCAGAUGCACCACAUGCGGAAAAGUGUUUACCCGGAAGUCAAAUUUACAAACGCACCUAAGGACUCAUACAGGGGAGAACCCGUUCUGAUGCACCACGUGCGGCAAAAUGUUUACCCAGAAGUCCGAUUUACUAAGGCACAUAAGGACUCAUAUACAGAGGAGAAGCCAUUCAGGUGCUGCAAUUGUGGAAAUGGUUUCAGCUCAAAAUGGCUUCUCAAACAACAUGUCAUGGUCCACACAAGUGAGAUGCCUUACAGAUCACUCCAAAAAUUAGUUAACUGAGUAUUCAUUUAUAAUUAUUUAUAAAUGAAUACUCUUGAAUGAAUUAAUAAAUUCAUUUAUAAAUGAAUAUAAAUGAUUAUAAUUAUUUAUAAUCAUUUUAUACUGCAGCAUAU